UGUGCUUUUUAGGUAUUGGAGGUGAUUUAUCUCUUGCAUCAUGCGUGAAUACAAGCUAGUGGUUCUUGGUUCUGGAGGUGUUGGAAAGUCUGCUCUGACCGUACAGUUUGUUCAAGGAAUAUUUGUUGAAAAAUACGAUCCUACGAUAGAGGACUCCUACAGAAAGCAAGUUGAAGUAGAUGCACAACAGUGUAUGCUUGAAAUAUUAGAUACUGCAGGAACGGAACAGUUUACAGCAAUGAGAGACCUAUACAUGAAAAAUGGWCAAGGUUUUGCAUUAGUAUAUUCCAUCACAGCACAGUCCACAUUUAAUGAUUUACAGGAUCUAAGAGAACAGAUUCUUCGAGUCAAAGACACUGAUGAUGUGCCUAUGAUUCUGGUUGGCAACAAGUGUGACUUGGAAGACGAAAGAGUUGUGGGAAAGGAACAAGGUCAGAACCUAGCAAGGCAAUGGAACAAUUGUGCAUUCUUAGAGUCUUCUGCAAAAUCAAAGAUAAAUGUUAAUGAGAUCUUUUAUGACCUUGUGCGGCAAAUUAACAGAAAAACUCCGGUGCCUGGAAAAGCACGUAAAAAGUCAUCAUGUCAGCUACUUUAAUACACAGCUGUACUGUAGCUCUGAGCCAGGUCUGAAGAACUGUUGCCCAAUUCAACAGUGCCAGCAUUCCAACUUUAUUAAACCUACCAACAUCUUAAAUGGACUUUCCUGUGGUGGUACCCUUUAAGAAACGGAUGAAAGCUACUACAUCAGUUUGCACAUUCUAAUCACUUUCCAGUGUCACGAGAGAUUUUUACUUAUAAAUAUUCUAAGUGUAUGCAACUGGUAAAACCAGAGCCUACAUCCAGUAUUACUGAUAAGAGACAUUGUUCAUCCACCAAUGUUGUACAUGUAUGAAAACUGUGUACUGUAUACUUUAACAAUCCCCACUUUCUAUUGGAGAGUACAAUAAUGUAAAUCCUAAAAGCACCACUAUUUUAGCAUAAUAAAAGAAAGUCCAAAGAGCUCCUAUAUAGACUACUCCAGAUAACUUUGCUUCAUCGGUAUUUGUAGCUUAUUGUAACUUUUUUAAAGAAAUACAGGAUCAUCAUCAUCGUAUUGUACAAAAGCGCUUUGAUUAACACAACAGCUAUAUAGUUUUUUAAUUUUAGGAGAAACCUGUGGAGACAGUGAUCUAGUCUUUAAGAGUCCUUUCAGUAUAAUGUCUGACUAAAGACACGGCCUUUAAUAUCUGCUGGGAAGGAAAUGUCCAGACUUUUCAACCUUUUAUUGUAUGUUUCCUUUUCCUUGUUUACAUAGGGAACAAUGUUUAUAGUUGUGUGUACAGUGGGGGUCUACAACAAGAAGUGUAUAUUUUAAAACGAUUUUUUAAUGAUUUAACAAUUUUUUGUAAAUCAUUUUUGGGCUUCUGCAGCAUUAGAUUCUCACUGUGAAUUCCCUUGCUUGCUCAUGCAUAAGUGUAUUUGCAAUACCAAAUAUACAGGUUUAGUACUUUUGCCUGUUAGUGAUUGUUUUACAUGUGUAACGUUUUGGUUGAGAUGUUAAAUGGUGGAAGAGUACUGUGGAUGUGAAUGUGGGAAGUAAUUUUAAUCAUGUGUAAUUGGUCACAGGGCCUAAGUUGCAGUAAUUAACUUUUGCUGAUUUAUUUAACAAUGCCUUGUUGCUUUGUAUGCAUUAACGUUUGGGUGUAAAGAUUGUGUGUAUAUCCAACAGGGAGCCACAGUAUUUAAAUUGACCAACCUAAUGUUACAACUGCUUUGAGGUGGCCAAAUGUAAACUAAAAGCCUUAAUUAAAGUGGUGCAAUUUUGUAUGACUUAGCAUCAGUAGUUCAAUAAAUUUGGAUUGCCAUGCAAGGGCUUGCAUUACAGUUAUACUACUUGAAUGUUUUGUGUUUUAGUAGUGCUAGUAACUGUUGAUUUCAGUGUCACUUGCAUACAGAUACAUACAUCUUAGGACCUAAAGCAACCGUUAUGAUGCUGUCUCCCAACAAAUACAUACUGUAGGUUUUUAUUUUGCUGGCAUCCCACGUGCUAGGGUGGAUGAACUUCUGGCUGGAUGAAACCCUGUUUGCAGUUUCGGACUUGGAAUAUUUGAAGUGUUAAAGUUCUCUUGUAAGAAAAAAAGAAAAACAAAAAAAAAGUCUUACAAGGAAAUAUCUGUCUUCAAAGGUUGGACUAUCAGGAGCUGUUCCCAGAAUUUGAGGGCAUGUUCCUGUGGCYAUUUUCCUUCUUUCCAGGAAGAAGUCAUUGCUGAAACUCGCAUAGCGUAGCUAAAAUAUUCUCUUAGGAUAAAAGGCUGCAUUUGGUUUUCUUUGGAAUGACGUAAAGCAAACAAGCACGGUGUAAGGAGGUCUGCAGGAGAGCACUCUGGCAGUAUUAAGUGCAGAAUUUUGCAGACUGCAGAUAUGUUAACGCUGCUAGACUGUCAAGUGGAAUACCUGGCCUGUGGAUGAUCUGAUCUUAGCUGUGCUCUGGAAAAUUCAUGUCACACCCAAAUUCUUGGUACCUCCUGCUUUUGGGGCACAGAAUUGCCAGAGCAUGCUCUAAGCCAUGCCUGCAAAAUCAGUGCGAUUAGGCUGGCUCCUACCAGUGAGCUGAGCUACUUUACUCUGCCCAGAAAGAAUUUGGUUCAGAUGACCCUUCCUGCUGGUAGACUUGGCAGUUUCUUCAGUGGUGCACUCCUUUCCUGUGCAGAGUCAGGAGUAAGCUUGAUGACCCUUCCUGUUUAUCAUUACAAGCUAGACUGUAGUUGAUGCCCAUAAAUACCUGUUUUGGUUCGCUCUGCAUACCCACGGCUUCCAGAGAGGAGCGUCCCACGCUUCAGCCUGACCUCGUUCUCUUGCACUAGAUCCUCUCCUCUGUGCCUGCCCAGUCGGUACCUGUCCUCUUUUAACUUCCACUCUUUGCUUAUUCAGCUCUUCCUAACGCUUUUCUGUCCCAGUUGUCAUUUUCUUGGUGUUUUUUUUCAGCGUGUUUCUCUUCCCAGUAGCUGUACAGAUGGCAGGAGGUGGGAGGGAGAAAAAAAGGAUGGAUAACAUGAGAGGGGCACUGACUUGGUCGCUGUGGCCAGUCUAAGAGGACUUGUAACUGCAGGGAACACCAGCUUUGCCCUGGAAGCUUUACUGCACUCCUGGUUGUGCUGAGGAAGAGCAGAUGUAUURUAAUUUCUCAGCAAUAGAUGUGGUAAGUUUUGAACAAGCUACAGGAGAGCAAAAAACUCAAACUUUGGUCUUCAUCAUCUCAAGAUACUGCUAAAAAGRGAAAGUUUUCUGUGUUUUGUUGGCUCUUUUUUAAUAUUUAGAGCUAGGCCAGAUUAGCAAUAUUAACAAAUGAUAAUCCAGGUUAAUACCUAAAAUGCAAGAUUAUUCUCCUAUGAAAAUUUAGGCAGGCUUUAAAGAAGUGUCAGUGUAAAGCAAUUGAAGGGAAGAUGCCUGACACAAAUGCUGAGGAAGUGAUGGGCAUGAAGAGUGAGAAAAAAAUUGUGAGAGGAUUUUCUUGCUUUCUGAGUAGUUACAGUGUGAGGAGCUGCUCUCUCUAGGGAAGUGAACCUUAGUUCCUCACAGCAGUUGGAGCUCUGUAAAURGGAACCCCUUCCAGAAAAGAAGCCUGUCCGCUGAAAUCUUUAAACACUUUCUAAGAUGUCUUGAGGAUAAGUGCUCUGUGUACACAUCUUAAGAGCUUUCCACUUGGGCUACUUUGGUAGAAACAGAAUGCUUUCCACAUGGAAGCAAGAACAGCUGAAGAAUGCAGGCAGACCUGCUUGUAUUUAAAUAAGCAGGAGGAGAAAUGUUCUUGAGUAGUAGACGUGCCUCCUCUUCGAGUGAUUCGUUUACUUUGGUCCUUCAAAAAGACACUGCUCUG